CCUACCUACCACUAAUCCACCCCUUCCGUCUUCUUUCAUUGUAAAUUCAUAUUUAUUUUCUUCCCCCAAAACCUUCUCAUGCUGUCACGAAUUUCAAGAUCACGACCUAAAGUUGUUGUUCGGUGUGGAAGUCAGAAGCGGGAGAGAAAGUUCUCCCGCUUAGUCUCGUCGCCGCAAACAUCGACGGCAAGACAUAACCUACAGCUAGCGUCGAAGCGUAGUAGUAGUCACUUGCACUUACACUUACACAUUCCAAGAGACGCCUCCAUACCUCAACCUACCACACCGAAACUCCCUUAAGACAACUUCGGAUACUCUGGAUAACUUCAAUUUUUCCAAAAGAUACAUCCUUUAACUAUUUAUCUUUGUUCCGUUCGUCUUUUUUUGUUGUUCAAAGUUUAAGGGACUAGGCGGAAUCGUUUAUACAAAGAUGGCUCCAGAAGAAAUUCUUGCGGUCCGUUCGCCCGAGGGACACACUGACGAUUCGGUAACCGCGAUGGAUCCUCCCUCUCCGAAAACAGAUGAGAAGGCAUCUUCGUCGGACUCGAAUAACCAAUCUAAGAAGCGGUCUGCUUCUACCUCAGAACCCAAUGGCUCGACGAAGGUCACGAAGCGGAGGGCGGCGAGGGCCUGCAUAAGCUGCAGGAGCCGAAAAGUAAGGUGUGAUGUUGUCGAGGGUGCACCUUGUGGAAAUUGCAGAUGGGACAAUGUUGAAUGCGUCGUCCAGGAAAGUCGUCGUAGGAGAAAGAAUCUCUUCAAUUCGAAUUCAUCUGCUUCUCAAAAUACCACUGCCCCUCAAACUGCCGAGGCACAGUUGAGAGCGAAACCCGCAAAUCCUAUUGCUAUCGCCUCUGCCGCACAGCCUUUACGUCGCGCUAGCGAGGCAACUCAGUCUUCAGCUGCUAGCAAUGAUGUAACUAGUUCAGGGGCGGCGAUCUUGGACGGCGGCUUAGAAAGUCACGUUCCUCAUUUGCUAUAUCAACGAUCAGGCUUACGUCCUGAUCCGGUAUUGCUGUCCACUCUCCAGGCCGGUAACAAUGGAUCGAGGUAUCCCAGUAUCUGGCCUAACCCGAACACAUGCCAGAACUCAAGCUCGGCUGCCGCUACGGGCGCUCUGAGGACGGCACAAUUCCUCAACUCGCUUGAGGAACCUGAUGCUUCUUCACAGUUACCCGCCUUCAUCCGACCACUCCCAUCUAAGAUAGCCCCUGAAGAUGUGACGUACCUUCAUACUAAAGGCGCACUUUCAUUGCCUGGCCCUAGUCUUCAGAAUGCCCUGCUCACCGCUUACGUCGAAUACGUUCAUCCUUACAUGCCUCUCAUCGAGCUGCAUGAUUUUCUCGGCAUGAUUAAUGCCCGAGAUGGGUUGUACGGACAAGCUAGCUUGUUCCUGUACCAGUCCAUUAUGUUUGCGGCUACCGCCUUCGUCGACGUGAAGUACCUUAAGGAGUCAGGCUAUGCUAGUAGGAAAGCUGCCCGGAGAGAGUUCUUCUCCAAGGCUAGACUUCUGUACGAUUUCGACUACGAGAGCGACCGCCUCAUUCUCGUACAGGGACUUCUACUCAUGACGUAUUGGUAUGAGACGCCAGACGACCAGAAGGAUACGUGGCAUUGGAUGGGAGUUGCUAUCUCGCUGGCGCAUACCAUUGGGCUUCACCGGAACCCGGCAAACACUAACAUGACCCCGCGGAAGCAGAAGUUGUGGAAGAGGAUAUGGUGGUCGUGCUUUAUGCGAGAUCGCCUAAUCGCCCUUGGCAUGCGACGACCAACACGAAUAAAGGACGAGGAUUUUGACGUACCAAUGCUAAACGAACACGACUUCGAGAUCGAACCGCUAGCCGACGAAAUCCAGAUCAUUGGCUCCGAAUGCACACUUGUGCGCGACGUUUUGAUGCAGCAGGAACUCGCUUUGAUGUGUGUCGCAAAAGCAAAGCUUUGUCUCUGCAUUAGCCGCAUGUUGAAAGCUCAGUACUCGGUCUUGAUCAGGGAUAAGUCUCGGGCGGAAAAUACCACAAACAGCACGAUGAUGCUGUUCCCUAAUAAACAGCUUGAUAAUGUAGAAAGCGUCAAUUCGUGCGAUUUGGAGCUCCUUUCGUGGUCGCAAUCGCUUCCAGCCUGCUGCCAGUACAGGCCGUUGUCGGCAAUGGAUCUUAAGGGUGGUCGCGCGACGGUUGCUGUGCAACGAAACCUCUUGCAUAUGGUGUAUUACACGACCAUAUCCGCUCUUCAUCGACCCCAGUUCCUCCCAUCAUCGCCGACCCAUGCACCUCAGACGUCAGUGCAGGUCCAGGAAAUGUCCCGCACUAGGGUCCGUGAGGCGGCAUCACAGAUUACGCGCAUGGUUGCUGAAUUGCAUGCCUUGCGAUUGGAGAAGUAUCUCCCGACUACCGGUGUGACCGUGAUCCUCCCCGCCAUGAUCAUCCAUCUACUUGAGAUGAAGAACCCACUACCCCAGCCCCGCGAGAUCGCCAUGCGUAGCUUCAAGCAAUGCAUGAAAGUGAUGGAGAAGCUGCGCGACAUAUACUCUGCCGCCGACUAUGCGGUCGCGUUCCUUGAUGCGGCGCUUCGAAAGGCGGCUAUCGAUUUACAAACAGCACAGAACUUGGCCUUCAGCCAGGCUGGCAUCCUGAACAAUGUUAAGACUUCUCUACCUCAAUUCCCCGCGUCCACGGCUGCGAUCGAGAAUAUGGCGACGCCGCCGCCGGAGAAUGCGCCGUACGCGACGACUCAGGAGACGAGCCUAUUCUCGAAAUCAGCACAGCAGUUCAUGGCGCCCGCCACUGAACUCAUCACAACUACAGUUCACUCCCCACCACAUACUGAGAAGGAUGUACUCACGCCUAGCGCGAGCGGAUCCUCUGACGGACAUGCCGGGCCAAUGGAUUUAGAUAUGGACUUUGACAGCCUUGAUAACCACGACGAGUUCGAUUGGAACGCACUAACGGGAACAAAUAUCGACUUCGAUCAGUGGCUGCAGUUCCCCGGCGAGGGCAAGGGUACAGGGACAAAUGGUGGAGUAGGUUCAGGCGUGGUGACGAUGAGCGAGAUCGAUGGGUCGGCGAAUUUUAAUAUCGGUAUGCUAGACGGAUCUGGGCGGGGUGUUUUGUCUUGAGGCAUGACUUAUGCUUAUGAACGAGAUGGUGUUACGAGGAUUUUACCUUCGCUUAUGACAGGAUUCCCGGAUAGGCUUAAAUGGUGUUGGAGGUUCGUCGUCUUGGACUCAUAGAUAUGGGCGUCUCCGGAUUCUUUUUCUCAUUCGUGGGUUGAGGUGUUGGGUGCGUGGUUAAAAGUUUUUAUCCAUUUAAUUCAUGGGGGUGGAUUUAUGAUUUACUUCAUUCUUUUUCUGUUUUCUAUACCCCGUUAUGAGUAUGGAAUAGGGGAUGAGUUGGUUUUUGAUUUGAUAUAGACAUUGGAUAGGUAUUUGGUGGGGAGGAUGGGAUAUAUUGGCGAGUUGAAUAUAUCGAGGUGUUGCUACGAUCUGCUUCUCUUGUCUUAGAUUCGGGUCCGGU